AUGACGAAUGCACGAGCGGCGAAGAGGAGGAGGUUGUCCGACAUACAGUCUGCAGACCAGGACGGUGAUAUUCAGAUGCGAGAUGACAGUGAGGAUCUUCAAUCAGUUGCAUUAUCACCGACCGGGCAGGGCGAAUCCCCAGCUGCUUCGAAGACAUCUCGAAAACAAUCCUCAAGGGCCGAGCCAGAUGCGGGUGGGGACACAGCCAUGAAUGGGACGGCAGACAACUCCGCGAACGUGGAGACUCCCUCGCGGAGUGGCCUUCGAUCGAGCGGACGUCAACGGAAGCCACCGCAGAGAUACGAGGAAGAAGUUCUCAGCACUCCGUCGUCAGUGAGGAGGACCAGAUCAUCUGCCGGGCCGUCUGAACGAACGCCACGAAGCACAAGGAGAAGUAGAUUGGUACCGGGGACAGAAGAGGAUGAGGGGAACUCACCGCAGCCUCAGAAGGGAGGACUAGCCAGAACGAGGUCUAAGAGAGCUUCCGUCAGAUACGCUCCCCCAGAGAAGCAUGAAGAAGAAGAUCAACCUGAGAGCCGACAACAAUCGCUACAGUCUCCGACUCCAGAGGAUUAUCAAGAUGGAUUGGACAACCUUGUUUCGAUGCAACUACAGCAAGACGUCACUCACCAGGAUGCGAUCGAGAAAGACGACAGUAUGGUCGCAUCCGAUUCUCUGCCCGACUAUGCGGAACGCUUCCAGAGGCUUGUUCAGGGAGGUCUUAAUGAAGAACUACAGCUUCUCACAAAAGUGCUUCUCGAAAAGCUCAAUGGAAAGCAGCUCGUUCCGUUGAAAGGGCUAGAGAAUGAAUACACCAAGGUGCGUCAGCUCAUUGAGCAAACAGUCACCGCUGGCGAAGGUAACUCAAUGCUGCUCCUUGGGUCUCGUGGCUGCGGCAAAACCGCCAUUGUGGAGACGAUAAUAUCGUCGCUGAAAAAAGAACACAUGAACGAAUUCCAUGUGGUUCGACUCAAUGGCUUUCUACAUACAGACGAUCGACUUGCGCUCCGGGAGAUGUGGCGCCAACUCGGUCGUGAGACCAACACCGAAGAAGAGGCAGGCAAAGUCAGUACCUACGCCGACACGAUGGCGACUCUACUUGCUCUUCUAUCUCAUCCAGAGGAAUUAUUCGGUCCUUCUGGGAACCCGAAGGCCGUCACGGCGGCCAAGUCCAUCAUCAUCAUUCUUGAUGAGUUUGACCUGUUUGCGACUCAUCCCCGACAGACCUUGCUCUACAAUCUAUUUGAUAUCGCACAAGCUCGCAAAGCUCCGAUCGCUGUGCUGGGGCUUACCACGAAAGUCGACGUGACCGAGAUGUUGGAAAAGCGUGUCAAGAGUCGAUUCAGUCAUCGAUAUGUCUACGUUCCACUUCCCAGAAGCUUCGAAACUUUCUCGGAGAUCUGUUUUGCGGCGUUGAACUUGGAGGACAGUGAGAAGCAAUGCUUUUUUGACAACGUCGAUCCCGGGAAGGGGAACACACUAUUGGAUGGGUGGAGGACAUAUCUACAGGGACUCUGGGCCGACGAAUCGUUCAAUCACCAUCUACAGAGGAUAUACCAUCAGACAAAAUCUGUCAAAGAAUUCUUCACAAGUGCCCUACUGGCGAUGACUGAGUUGCACUACAGCACUUACGACUCCUCAUUCGGAAUUCCAACACCCAAGACCUUCAGCGGCCAGGCUUUAUCGUGUCCGGAUCCUGCUCCCCUUCCCUUCUCUACGUCCACGACUAUCUCCGCAAGCCCGUCAUCUCUUCCGCUCUCGCUUCUGCUGGCCGCGACCCGUCUGACAGCGCUGUACGACCCAGGCGUCGAAGCCGGUCAGCCUCAGAAUCUAGCCCCACUUGCACUGUCCUUCCCCGCAGCAUAUGCGGAAUAUAUCCGACUGUUAACAUCCGCUAAGACGUCUGCUUCGGUAUCUGGUGCGACCGUCACUCCUGGUCGUGUCUGGGGCCGAGAUGUGGCUCGAGAAGCAUGGGAAAAGCUAGUCAGCUGGGGUCUGAUCAACCCUGUCGGCGGGGGAAGUGGAACUGCAGAUGGACGGAUGUUCCGGGUCGAAGUCAGCUUCGAGGAGGUAGUUGCCAUGGCGGGAUCCGGUGGCUCACUAGGGAAAUGGUGGCGUGAGUGA